UCUGCUGCUAAACCCUACGACUCUGCCUCAUUUCCACACUCAAGGGGUUCCCUUCCGUCGCCGUCGCCAUUCAAUUUGUAUUUGGGUUCAGGGAUGACCAGAUUAGAGUAGUUGAUGAACAAACAAUCCAAUCAAACAAACAAACAAUGUCCAAAUCGCAAGCGUUCUCGUGGUCGCGUCUCAUCUUCAAUCAAGCAAUCAACAAAACCCGCAACGCCCCACUCCCCUUCAUCUCCUCCACCUUUCCACACUUGCUCAGGUCCUCUGGGCACUAUUCCACAGUAUCAGACAGAGUAGUCCGUGACCUUCUGGCCGAGGUCGAGAGAGAAAAGCAGAGAGAAAGAGAGCAGAGGAAAAGGGCUGGUCUCGACACCAAAGACAUUGACCAAGAAGAUGAGGAGGACUACAUGCGUGUCACUCCAUUGAUAGAGAAGCUUGAGAAGGAGGAGCUCAAGGCCACUGGGGAUCUCAAUUCCUAUGAGGAGCCCACCGAUUCGGAUAGUGACGACGACGACGAGCGCUUUACUCCCGAUGCCGUCAAGAAGAGGUUUGAUGAGUUUCAGAGGAAGUUCACGCGACACGAGGAAUUGCUCAAGAAUUUCACACAGGCUGAGACACUUGAUGAUGCUUUUAAAUGGAUGAAUAAAAUUGACAAGUUUGAGCAAAAGCAUUUCCGGCUUCGCCCUGAAUAUAGAGUCAUUGGUGAAUUGAUGAACCGUCUAAAAGUAGCUGAGGGCAAGGAUAAAUUCAUUCUGCAGCACAAACUAAACAGGGCUAUGCGAUUGGUGCAGUGGAAGGAAGCCUAUGAUCCAAACGAUCCUGCCAACUAUGGAGUCAUUCAGGAACAACUGGAGCCCUCAUUUGAUGUUCUAGAAGAUGCUGGAUUUGAAAAAGAAAAAAAAAUUAUUCGAGGAGUUGAUGAUGAUGAUGAUGAAGAAUUCAAUGACAUGAAGGAGAAAGAUGACAUACUAUUAGAGAAGCUAAAUGCUAUUGACAAGAAACUUGAAGAGAAGCUAGCAGAGUUGGAUCAUACUUUUGGAAAGAAGGGAAAGGUUCUAGAGGAAGAGAUCAGAGAUCUAGCAGAGGAAAGAAAUGAUUUGACGGAGAAGAAGAGAAGACCUCUCUAUAGGAAAGGUUUUGAUGUUAGAUUAAUUGAUGUGAACCGGACUUGUAAAGUUACAAAGGGAGGACAAGUGGUCAAAUACACUGCUAUAUUAGUUUGUGGGAACUAUCAUGGUGUUGUAGGUUAUGCUAAAGCAAAAGGUCCAGCUGUCCCCCUCGCCCUCCAGAAGGCAUAUGAGAAAUGCUUUCAGAAUCUCCACUAUGUAGAACGACAUGAGGAGCAUACAAUUGCGCAUGCAAUACAAACUACAUAUAAAAAAACAAAGGUUUAUCUCUGGCCUGCACCCACUAGGACGGGUAUGAAAGCAGGAAGAACUGUCGAAACCAUUCUAAACUUGGCAGGUUUCAAUAAUGUCAAGUCUAAGGUUGUUGGUUCAAGGAAUCCUCAUAAUACAGUGAAGGCUGUUUUCAAAGCCCUUAAUGCGAUUGAAACGCCCAAGGAUGUUCAAGAAAAGUUUGGACGCACUGUUGUUGAGAAGUCCCUCGUAUCGUAGAUGAUAGAUUUGGUUAUGUGCCCUGUGUUAUGGUUUGUCAGAUUAGACUAUAAAAAUCCAAAUUUUCUUGUAAGUGAACAUUCCUUGUUUUGUUGUCGAUAAAAAGUCCAUCCAGACCGAAAAGAAAGCAUCUUUUUGGAAUCAGUAUGGGAGCUAUUUCUGCCACCA